AGUCUUGACUCUUGAGAAAACCCAAAGCCUACUUUUCAGAGCGUGAUCCCGUGUUUGUUACUUUACCUUCCAAUAUAACUUCUUCCAAACGAGGCCUAACUUUGUCCACAGAAGGAAUUUUAAGCCUUGAGAAACCCCUGCUGUGCAUUGAAACACGGUCGUUUUACCAAACGGAGAAGCAAAACGACGUCGUCUGGCAGCCAAGAUUAGGGUUUAGAGGGGUGGAUUUUGCGGAGGACAUCGCUAAAGCCCUACCUGAAGAACUGAAAUGGGUCAAGUUGAAAGCAAUCAAAGCUCCGCGCCAAACAAUUCCCAAUCUCGGCCCUCAGAUUCCCUCGACGCUCUAAUUGCAGAAGCUGCAGCAUUUGGUGACGAUGAGAAUGAGUCCCUUGACGCUAAAGCUCAGAAAGCCCUAGAAUGCCCUUGCAUAGCUCAUCUACGGAGCGGUCCGUGUGGAACGCAAUUUUCGGAGGCUUUCGUCUGCUUCCUCAAAAGCUCUGCAGAAGAGAAGAACCUUCUAUCAAACCCCUGGUUGUGUUGGUACUCAUUAGCAAGUUGAACUGGUAUGAUCUAAUUAGCUCCAAAAGUAGCGUGAGUUUUGCAGGUAGUUUUUGCCCUGUGUUGCUGGAGUGGGCAAUUGCUUUUCAGAUGGAAGCAAACUGCUAUCUUUAUAAUUUUUUCUUUAUAAUCUCUUAAUUUUUUGAAGAGUUACUAAUGUGUCGUCAUUUUCCCUCUUUGUAGGGCUCGGAUUGUGUGCAUCCAUUUGUGGCUUUGCAGAACUGUAUCAAAGCUAACCCGAAUGCAUUUUCAAAGGACAUUUUGGAUGAUGAUGAUGAAGUCAAGAAAGAGGAAGAACCAACCCAAGAAUACAAAAUCAUCCCUCCCAUCUGGGCUGCAGAAAAAGGUCCAAAACAGAAACUUUGAGACAGAGCUUUCUUCUUCUUAUUCUGCCCUUUUUUUGAUAGGUUAUAGUUAUAUUUUGUAGAGAAUGUUAGCCUUUCACAUCGAAAGAUGAAAGGAAGAUUUAUGAAUAUUGAUUGGUCUAGGAGGAAUAAAAAAAGAAUAUUUGUUGGAUA